AUGAAAAGAUUACCUCCUAUAUCUGAGCUAUCACUAACCAACCCUGGUGAAGGUUCCGGAGAAGGUUCCGAAUCACGCCCACCUGAUCGCCAACCUGAAAGGUCCGGCUCUCCAGGUGCUCACAACCUCCCGGGUCUCAGAGAGACUGUCGGGGCAGCAUACACUGCCCAGCGUCCCUUGCGACCGCUGCCACCUCCUGCUAGACCGCUCUACGUCCCUGGCGACUCGCAGAUCUACCUAGACGAACUGCCUGUCAGAACGUACAAAGUUGGUGGUCAACUCUACAACAUGGCUGAACCACGAAACGAAACCAGAAACGAAGUUUCACGUUUGACGGUGGACAAUAGAAGACUCACAUACAUUCUUCGAGUCGUUCAGCAACCAGAAAAAGCCCGAGCCUGUGGUGCAGGCGCCAAAUCUUCCACCGACCGUAGACCAGUGGAUCCUCCCCCGGUCGUACGAUUGCAGGUCUACAAUGGCAGCACCGAUGUUACCAUGCUUUACGAUUCAACGUUCAUGCUUUAUGCGAGUUUAGAAGUUGCUCGACCAAUUUCAAAUGGGAAGAUGCACAACCCCACCACGCUUGCCGUCUUGUCUGGUGUGGCCGUUGCAAGCGCCGCUUAUUUGGAACGUCCUGAGCCAGCUGCCUACUUCAUUUUCCCCGAUCUUUCGGUCAGGCACGAGGGCUGGUAUAGACUCAGAUUCUCACUAUUCGAGGGCGUCAAGCACGGAUGUGAUGCCGAUCAAGAUAAUCCACUCCCGCGUCAAGUGCCGACGCUGACUCCAAGUGAUCAAUUGACGGGGCCAAAUCGUGCCGAGAGCAUGGCUAAUCGGCUUGAGGUUCAAUCUGAACCAUUCCAGGUAUACAGUGCUAAGAAAUUCCCCGGAUUGAAUAGUAGCACGGACCUGAGCAAGCACAUGUCCGACCAGGGUUGCAGGGUUCGUAUCAGGAGGGACAUCCGGCAGAGAAAGCGGCCACAGAAGGUAGAGCCGGAGGUGGAAGACACCCGCAGUUCCUAUCAAGGAACCCCUCAGGUCUCUUAUCGUACGAUCGACCACUCACGAUCAGCCAGUCGGGCCAGUUACAAGAGUGACAUCGAGAUGGACGCCGCAAGGAGAGCGUCCGUGGAAAGCAUUUACGGCCGUCCAGCGAUUCAAAGCCGUCAAGGUUCCAUUGCCAGCAUGCCAAUGGCAAGUCCUUUGCUGUCCAGUAUGACGCCAACAACGAUAAUGCCUCCUCCCUCCUAUCAUCAGCCACCUAUGCAACGUCCAUACCAGGAAGCUCCUUCUUCACCGGCAUAUAUGCCCGCCCCAGCCCCCAAAGCACAUCAGGCACCUCCUGUCAUGCCGAGUCUGCCUCCACCGCACAUGAGGCCCAUCACACCAGACCACAGGAAUGAGUUUACCCUACCACCUAUGCUGUCCACAAAUGGCUCAUCCUCUGGAUCUUUCCCAGCGAAGAACGGCUUCUCAGGAUUGUACGAUUUGCCAGCAUCAGCUCCUGUCAAGCGGACACGCAGUCCGCACAACUACAACAUGGAUACCGCCAUGAAAGCCGGUGCCCGACCCGACCAGCUGCCGAUGCCAGCAUAUUCUUCCACCCCUCUCCGUGGGGUGGACGAACUGAUCGAAGCAGACACCACUGAAGAUGAUGCCCAAGACAGAAAUGAUGCUGACGGUACGGUUCGGACCGAGCUACAGUAUUCCAUGGCGAAUGGCGCCAUGGGUAGUGUGCGGACUCUCAAGCCCGUAUACCUACCUCACCGAGCACCGGAGAACUACUCACAACGGGUACAUGAGAACUAUUCUCAAAGAGCACCGGAAGACUACUCUCAACGAGCACCCCAGAACUACCCUAACUAA